UGGUCUACUACCACCAGACAGUCUAAUGUCCUAAAUACAUUCAUCUCUGGAUGCACAGUUGGUUUGAGAUGUUUCAUCUCAGAAACCGAAGGAAGUUACUUCAACUGGUUCAAGAUGACAGUGGGACAAGCUUCAGUCUGCGUGCUAUCACUUUACAUUCACUCCAACAUUCUAUGGGGAGUUUAACAACAGCACCUGGUUUGUAGCAAGGAAAGUGGAGCUAGUUUUGUGCUGACUAUUGAAGACGCCAGACCAUCAGAUAAGGGGAUGUGUUACUGUGCCACACGAGAUUGAUGCCAUGAUCUUCGGAAAGGGUGUGUUUCUUUUGCAUUAGGACCAAUUGAAACUGAAAGUCAGCAUCCUUUCAAUUGCAAAAGCUAUCAUAACACACAUCAUGGAGCUUCCUCACACCAUGGAAACAGAGGAGCUGAUGACCUACCUCCAGAUCCAGCUCUACCACCCCCAGCAGGCCUCUAAGGCUCUUUACCGCCUGCUGCCCGUGGACGCCAGGCACAAGCACCCAGCCGAGGACCCCCUGAGGCUGGGCCGGGACGUCCACGGAUGCACCUUUGCCCUGGCCGACCCACGGGUCUCCCGCAAGCAGCUGGCCUUGCAGGCCUACCACACCGCCAACAGCCCUGACAUGCUGUUCUCUGUGCAGAACCUGAGCCAGAAGGGACACGUGACGGUCAACGGGUCAGAGUUGGGGUACCUGGAGAGGGCAGAGCUGCCGAAUAAGGCCCUGGUCCGGUUCGGGGAGUAUGAGCUGCUGAUACGUCGUGAGAAUGGAGAGGCAAAGGGGAGCUUCGAGGUGGAGUUUGGGGUGCUGGCAGUGCCUCCUUCCAGAGAGGUGGGCGUGCCAAGUAUUGUUCCCGUCAUGGAUACAGGCUCAGACCAUUCAAACAAUGGCAUCCCACCACUCAUGAGCCAUGGGCCGAUAGAGAUGGAUGAGACAAUCAUGUACCAAUCAUGCAGUAUGUUUCUCUCAUAGACAAUGAUUUUCUCUUUACCUAGUAGCAGUUGUCUUUAAACAAUAUUGAUGUUAAACAUUGUAUAAUUUCUCGUGGACAGGAAGUGACAAACCUUAACAAUAAUUUUACUUCUGGGUAACCGAGAUUUAACAUUCUGUAAACUUAAUCAUACUGUUGACUGAAUGUAGGGCCAAGCCAUUGGGACCUCAAGUGUAGUUUUUCUUAUCACUCCGCAAGUGUUACUAAGACUGUUACGUUAUUAUAUAAAAUGUGAAACUAAAGCUUCUGAAUAUUGACCUUUUUCAUGUAGUUCAAGUAUCAGUGUUAAAUGAAAGAUGGGGAAGGAUCAUAUGGUUUUGUAACUGUUUUGUAAAUGUUGACUAUAAUAAUAAAACUGUUUUUAUUUGA